CAUUCGGAUUACUUCUAUGUUUAUGGUUCAUUUGCUAUGCUAUAUAUUUAUGCAUUUUCGGUGGCUAUUACCGCUUAGAAAUGCUCUGUGGAACACACGAGGUACUACAAAGGUGACACGUGCAGGUACAAAGAAACCAAGAAUGUCGCAGAACAUUGGUGACAACAAGAACAAAGUGUUCAAGGUCGUUUUGACGGGAGGACCAUGUGGUGGAAAAACAACUGGACAAGCUAGACUGAGCACAUUCUUUGAAAAUUUAGGAUGGAAGGUUUACCGAGCCCAAGAAACAGCUUUGGUUUUAAUGAGUGGUGGUGUCAAGUUUUCAGAGCUGUCACAAGAACAAGCUUAUGUCUUUCAAGAGAAUCUCAUUAAAACAAUGAUGCAAGUAGAAAACACAUACUUUGAUUUGGCUCAAAGUUGUCCACAGAAUUGUCUGGUUAUUUGUGAUAGAGGACUGAUGGACGGUUCAGCAUACUUGCCACCAGAUGAUUGGGAGAGAAUGAAGCGGGACAAUGGUUGGAGUGAAGUAAAUUUACGAGAUAAUAGGUAUAACCAGGUGUUACAUAUGGUGUCUGCUGCCAGUGGUGCCGAGUCUUUCUACACAUGUGCGGGACAUAAAACACGUAGUGAAGAUCUAGGUGUGGCACGGCAUUUAGAUGAUUACACAUCUCGGGCCUGGGUAGGACAUCCAUACUAUGAUGUCAUAGACAACUCAACUGACUUUGAAGAAAAAAUAACAAAGAUGAUACAUGCAGUAUGUAACAGAUUAGGAAUAGAUGCCGGUGACAGAUUAGAAACUAACACAACCAAGAGGAAAUUCCUCGUUCAAAGUCUGCCAUCAGAAGAUAAAUUUCCACCAUUCCAAGAUUUCACUGUCAUCCACGAUUACUUGGUUACACCAAGCAGGAAAAUGCAGGCAAGGCUCAGGAAACGAGGCCAACACGGUGUAUGGACAUAUACUCAUACUAUAAGGAGACCAGAGAUUAACAAACAGAGUGUUGAGUUGAGAAUGGCAAUACAUUUCAAAGAUUACAGCAUUUUGUUGAUGCAGCGUGAUGAAAAUCAUGACACUAUAAAUAAACUACGACGGUGCUUUCUAUGGAAGAAUCAGUACUUCCAGAUGGAUAUUUACACAGAACCUUGUCCCGACAAGUGUAGAGGUCUGAUUUUACUCGAGACCUACACAACAAAGACAGCUGACGAGCUACAUUUACCCGAUUUUCUACACAUUGUAAAAGAAGUCACGGAGGAUCCAAACUAUUCCAUGUUCAACCUGUCCCUGAAAGACAGUUUUAUUGGCUCCCCAUCACGCGUCAAAUCACUUCCAAACAACAUUAUGAACAACUCUCACGAGCUCACUAAUUCUCACGAUGUGACUGGCGAUAAAUAGUCCAUUCCUGAUCUUUAUAACCCUUACCCUGUUUGAUAUUGAUAAUGGACUCACCUAAAUUUAAAUUUGGAACAGAACAUUGCUACUUAAAGGGAUUACAAUAUCAAAAUAUGAUAUAUAAAAUCAAAUCACCAACACUUUUGUCGUGCAGCACGGAUGUGCUUACUGGCUGGAUUCUAUUUUUGUGGUUAGUUCAUGUAUGAGUCGAGAUUUGUCACUUUAUUUGAAAAGUGUGCCCUCACUUGGUUGGGUUCCAAAAUGGCUGGGGACAUUUGUAUCAGAAAUGUGAGUAGGCUAUUCAGCAGCCUUCCUCAAAUUUGAUGGUUUUGUUCAGGUUCUACUCACACUGUAAAGUAUGGAUUCGAAAUGACAGCCACAAUUUAACGUUAGCAGUGUGACUUAAGAAAUCCAAUCAAACUUCCGGUAAAACAUUUUCGCCGGAAUAGGUGAGCCGUUACCAACAGCAGACUAUUUACAGGGUUAAGGAAGAUAUAAAUAUACCAGUGCUUUGUUUCUUUGUAAAUAAUAUGUACAUGUAUAUGUAUGUCAAAUUAUGUGUGUUAGUGUUUGUGACAUAAUUUAAGUUUUUUUUUGUAAAUGGAUAUAUCAACAAGGUGCUUUUACAUUUUUGAUGAAGUAAGCAUGAAUAAUGUCAACAAAUUUGUGAUGUGAAGUAAAAGAUUGUUAGAAGAAAAAUAUUUUCACUACUGUGCCGGUAAAUUUGAAUUUUCUUUAUUAACUAAAUGAAUUUGUAAUUCUAAAGCACUGCCAAGUGGGAUGUAAUGUGUCAGUUGUCAAGGCAUAUAUUCCCAAGUUUAUUAAAUACUGGUAUUUUAAGUAUUCUUUUUUAGGAUAAGUGUACAUUGUUUUUUGCUGGCCUAAUAUAGCAAGUUCCACAUUUAUCGGGUUUUGUUGCACUAUACAUUAAGAUUUUUUGUUUUUAGUAGGAAAAACAAAGGGUAUAUGAUGUUGCUUUCUUAAACGUAGAUUGUUUUUUAGCUCACCUGUCACAGAGUGACAGGGUGAGCUUUUGUGAUCGCUUUUCGUCCGGCGUCCGUCCGUCCGUCCAUCGUCCGUCCGUAAACUUUUACUUUAAAUGACAUCUCCUCAUAAACCACUAAGCCAAUUUCAUCCAAACUUCACAGGAAUGUUCCUUUGGUGGUCACCUUUAAAAAUUGUUCAAAGAAUUUAAUUCCAUGCAGAACUCUGGUUGCCAUGGCAACCGAAAGAAAAAACUUUAAAUAUCUUCUUUUUAAAAACCAUAAGAGCUAGAGCUUAGAUAUUUGGCAUGAAACAUCUUCUAGUGAGUGUCUACCAAGUUUGUUCAAAUAAAAGCCCCGGGGUCAAAAUUGGCCCCGCCCCAGGGGGUCAUUGAUUUUCCCUAUAUGCAUAUAGUAAAAACUUAAAAAAUCUUCUUUUAAAGAACUCAAAGAGCUAUGGCUAAGAUAUUGAGCAUCAAACAUGUUCUAAUAGGUGUCUACCAAGUUUGUUCAAAUAAAAGCCCUGGGGUCAAAAUUGGCCCCGCCCCAGGGGGUCAUUGAUUUUCCCUAUAUGCAUAUAGUAAAAACUUAUAAAAUCUUCUUUUAAAGAACUCAAAGAGCUAUGGCUAAGAUAUUUAGCAUCAAACAUGUUCUAAUAGGUGUCUACCAAGUUUGUUCAAAUAAAAGCCCUGGGGUCAAAAUUGGCACUGCCCUUGGGGUCAUUGAUUUUCCUUAUAUGUGUAUAGCAAAAACUUAAAAUCUUCUUUGAAAAAACCCAAAUAGAUAGAGUUUAGAUAUUAAGCAUGAAACAUCUUCUAGUUAGUGUCUACAAAGUUUGUUCAAAUAAAAGCCCUGGGGUCAAAACUGGCCCGGCCCCAGGGGUGUCAUUGUUUUUAACUAUAUGUGUAUAGUAAAAACUUUAAAAAAAUCUUCUUUUAAAAAGCCCAAUGAGCUAGAGCUUAGAUGUUUAGCAUGAAACAUCUUAUGGUAGUCUACCAAUUUUGUGCAAAUAAAAGCCCUUGGGUUAAAAUUGGCCCUGCAACGUUGGGGGGGGGGGGGGGGCUAUAUACAGGUGAGCGACCUCAGGGCCAUCAUGGCCCUCUUGUUGUUUUUUUUUAUAGGAAAAACAUGUUUUAUUGAAAAGAAUAAUGCCAAAACAAUGCAAGUUAUCAGUAUGUGUAGUAUACAUUAAAACUCAUUUUAUGUACACUUGUUCAAGUAAGUUAGUUAUAAAUAUGUAUAUUGAGAUUUACAUUUAAUCAUUUCAUCUUUGUUUCUUUUUAGGGAUGACAAUGAGUAACCUGUUAAUUGAGUACUUGAUCAAACGUCCAUGUAUUGGUUAACAAAAUUGAUUAUUUAGUAUACCAAAGAAAAAAAAAGAAAAGAGUCCUAUAAAAUAAAAUAGAAUUUCUGAAUUUUCCCCAAGUUUAUUCUGAGGUACUUGUAAGGUCUUUUGAGCUUUUCUAGUACUAGUCAAUUCUAUAUAUCAAAAUAGAGAACGAAAGUAAAUCGCUGACAUUGUCAUUCUUAUAUUUAUGCUGCCGUCUUCAUUCUUGUGACUGGUUUUGACCAAAAUGGAAAAAUAGGAUGUAAUUGUUAUGCAUUUUACAAGAACUAAGAAAUCUUCAGAGUAACCCCAUGUAUUUAAUUGAAAGGAUGCCCAAGUACUGAUACUGGUAUUUGUUGCUAUUUCGAGCUUUUGUCAUACAUAAUUAUAUUUGUCAAGUAUCUUCAUGUAGAAUGUUUUGCAAGGGUAUAUUUACAUGUAUCUAUAAUCAAUUAUUGUUUUGUAUGCUAUAACCCAUCCAACCUUACACAAGCUAUAUAUUUACUGGAUUGAAAAUGGACACACUAUUAUUUAUUUAUUGGAAACUUCAACUUUAGGAAAUCCACGUUACCCGGUCUAAUUAUCAAUACAUGUAUUUCAUUCAUUGCCAUCUAACUGAUAGCAGGCUGUCGUAGACUGAGACAAAUCUCAUUAUUGAAAGUUCUUACGAUCUUCUUUUAAACUGUCACAUUUUCAUUUUCUUUUUU